AUGGGAACCGAGGUUGAUCCAAGAAUUCCUACACAAAUUGCCGAUGGUCUAAGAUUAGUACUUUUAGAUGAUGAGAUAGUAAGAAAAUAUAAACAAGAAAUCGCAAAAUUAAAGAAUGAAGCUGCUAGACUACGGGAUUUAUUAGAUGUUGACCUAGAUAAAUUACCAGAGUUACUUAAUGAUAAAAAACUUAUCGAUAUAUUGGCUACUCAAACCAAUAUUGAAUUAUUUCUUUUAAAGGAUGAAGUUAAUAAAUUGAAUAGUGAAAAAGAUGAAUUGAAGUCUGAAAAAGAUCAAUUGAAAACUGAACUAAAUGAUUUACAAGAAGAACGGUUGCAAGCUAAGAAUGCUACAGAAAGUUUGAAUCAAGAAAUUACUAAAUUAAAAACUAAUUUGACCAAGUUAGAAAAAAAGAAAAAUGAUCUAGAAUCAAAUAUUGAGGAAAGAAAAAAAGUAUUAGAGCAAGAAUUCAAUGAAUUAAAAACCGAAUUAGAAGAGAAAAGAAGGACUUUGGAGUUAAAUAUUAACGAACAAUUAGAAACAAAAAAAUCUUUAUCACAAAUAAAUA